AUGGAUUCCACCAUAAAUCCAAAUCAAGACUUUAAUUUUGAGGAAAUAUUUCCCAAAUGUAGAAAUAAUUUUAAUUCUUUUAACAAGUAUAAUACCUGGGAAUAUAUAAAUAAUUAUUCAAAGUUGUGUAAUGAUUUUGGACAGAGUAUAAAUUUGAGAUAUGGUGAAGUUGCUUUUCAGGACAGUUGCAUUAUACUAGGUGCUUAUUUAGAAAGCAUAAAGGACAAAAAAAAUAGAGAUUCAGAAUUUAACAUAAGACCAUAUUGUAAUUAUUUCUAUUACAAGCUAAAGGCUUUAGUGAAAUUAUAUGAAGCCGAGUGCGAUACUGCAAAUGACUGCUACACUAAGUGGAUGCAAAAAAGACAAGGCGUAAUUAGAAUAACUGUGCCAACUGUAUGUAAUAACAUUGAUGUUCAGAAACUUAAUAAUUCUAUAUUUGACACAAUGAAAUAUCUUGAUAAACUGUUUGAAAAUUUAGAAGAGUUAAAAAGAUAUAUUAAUAGAAAAGAUUUUAUUCAAGCGAGCCAAGUAGCUACAAGUUGUAAAGAAAAAUAUGAAAACCUUGUUGUAAUAUCUAAAAGCAUGAAUAACCAGAGUUUUAUUAAUUUAUUAAAUGAAUAUAAUGAAGAUUAUGUUCAAUUUAUUAAUAAAAUAAAGGAGCAAGAAGGAAUACAGAAAAUGGCACAAGUUGCAACUACUACAAAUGAGGCAGGUGUAGUUUUAUUAACAUUUUCAAUAAUAAUAAUAAUGUUCAUUCUAUUCAAAUAUACACGUUAUGGUAUUUACUUACAAAGGAAACCAGGAAAAUUAAGAAGAAUGAUGAGAAAAAAAUAUAAAGAAUAUCUAAAUUUAAUGAAUUCAAUUGAAAAAACAAGAAAUGAUAGUAUUUAUAGAAAGCACAAAAUAUCAUAUGGCACACAUGAUUACACAUAA